CGACGGCACAAUACAACGGUCUUAUUGUUCUUUUUAGAAAUAACACAUACAAUAUUGUUAUUAAAAUAUUUUAAUAUAUUUAUAUAUAUGAACCUUCUUGGAAUGAAAAAGGAUGUGACUACGUGUAGUAACCCGUGAACAGGAAGUAAGGUGCUACCCUGGAAAGGUCAGAACAACCAUGGGCUUCAAGAGUUACAUGUCGUUUUGGUUAUCCCUCUACCUUACAAGCCAAGAACUGCCACAUACCCAAGGCAAAGACCCAAUUUGUGUCUGGACAGGGGCAAGUGGACAUUGCCCUAAAGGCAAUCGAGUUCUUAUUACAUCCGUUAUGUCAGGAUUGUGUCCAAACCGUAUCGAUGAGCAAAGCAUGACACUCGACCUGUGUACGCUUUCUGAAAGUUAUGGUGUCUGUUGUUUGAUAUGUGGUGGUUCGGAUGGAACACCAAUAAAAUUACCGUGUAAAAGAUUGAAUGGAAAUUUCUGUCAAAAGGUAAACUGUUCCUCUCAUACGGCGCAUGGACAGAAACCAGAUGAAAAAGCGACGGCAAGAACAUCUGUGAUAGAGUUUCAAAUGAGAACUAAAACGGCAACACUUCCGGUGUUACCGGAAGUUACAUCAUCUUCCACGCUCACACUGACUCAGUCCUCAGGUGUAAGCACCACACUAAUUUCUGCAUCUUGUGAGAAAAGUACAGAUGUGGCUGUAACAGUAAUUACAGCGGGUGUGGUCACUUGUGUUGCCUUGGUUACUUGCCUUGUGUCGGUGUAUAUAUGGAAGAGAAGACCAACGCAAAUGUCACGAAGAAGUUUUCGGAAAGACGCCCCAAGCGUUUUGCCAAAUAGCAAUUCCGGCCUGACGAAUCCACUAUUCCACGUUGAUCUCCAGACUCGACAAGAUCAGUCCGGGGGCCUGGAAGACGGAACGGAAAUGUUGACUUAUAAUACUGCGGGUAGUUAUCUAACGCCGAUUUUCUGGCCGACUCGUCAGCCAGACUCUCAGUUUACAGGAAUGGAUCACGGGACCGACCUCAGGUCUUUUAACACUGGUGAAGAGGAUGAUGGGUAUUGUACGCCAUUCUCAGACCAGAAUCCCCUGUACGAGGUUCUCGGGGAACGAGAGACCGUGGCAGAUCAACACCCGAAGUGUUGCCGUCCAGAAACAGGCCCCAUACUUGAAUGUGACUCUAGCAACUCUCACAUACGAGAAUGA